AUGAUAGAUGCAGCGUUUGAAGCGAAGACCAUCUACGCUACGGGGAGUGCAAACAAGACAGAAACGUGCAUACUUGUUCAAUGGGCUUGGCUGUCAUUCUUUGCUAGUUUGGUACUUUUGACCGUGGUAUUUCUAAGCUUGACGGUCUGGAAGACACGAGGCGCUCACGGGCUUGAGGCUGCCAAAGGUGUUUGGAAAUCAUCCGUUUUAGCAGUACUCUUUAGUGGCUUCAACGAGAGCGAGAUGAUACAAUGCGCCGAAGGUACCAAGGUGGCCUUGAAUCCUACCGAGCAUGGUUGGCGGCUUACUCGAGGAUAG